UACACUCCAAGUGGUGCUGUAUCGCUUUUAUGAUUCUGCCUGUGCACGGCUUAUCGCCACUCUCUACUGUUACCUUUGACGCAUUAGGACAUGACGGGAUUGUAACGCUCGCCAGAAACGGUCACUCUGUGAUGAAUGAUCUCUCUUAUUGACUUCGGGCAGCCUCCUGUUACCAGACCCACGAGAGAGAUGGACAGGGAGCCCAAGAGACUAUCGGAAACCGAGAACAGAGGGAGUCCGGCUGAGAGUCCAACUGUGAACCCCUCUAACCAGCCCAAAGUGAGCCACCACCUCCCCAAGCAGGCCAAUGGCAGCAGUCUCCCCUCCGUUCAGGCCAAGACCAACAACCCUCCCAGCCUCACCAAUGGGAACAACCUCCUGAGACAGCCCAGUGGCAAAACCCUUCCCGGCCAGGCCAACGGCAACCAGGGCAGCACUUCAGACCAUCACACGACCAUCACCACCUUCCACACCACCCCCACUCCUACUGACCGGAAGGUUGUCCAGGUGAUCCACCAGACCAGUCGUCAGCCAAGAGGGUCGGCUGCUCAGUUGCUGCAUCAGAUGUAUACAGUCCAGCAGCAGCAGCACCAGCAGCAGCAGAAACAGCAGCAGCAGCAGCAGCAGCAACAACAUGGCCUGCUUCAUGCAGCGGCUCAACAACAACAACAACAACAACAACAGCAGCAGCAGCAGCAGCAGCAGCAGCAGCAGAAACGGCAAAGCCAUCUGCCAGCCGUGCAGCAGGUCAGAAUGUUUGGGGACAAAAUGUCAUCUUCGUCAUCAACCAGCGAAGGAACACCGGUGCCUUCGCCACAGCAGUCCUCCAAACCGGUCAUGUCACCCAGUUCUCCUGGGUCUACACACAUGGUUCAAGCGUCCCAGAGUCCUAUCCCGGUGACUGCGCACCAAAGGAUAUCCCAGCAUGCUUUGCUCCUGGGCAAGAGCCCCUGCACCAGUCAAGCCCAAAUGCUCUUGAGGGCUCAAAUGCAGCUGAUCUUAACCUCUGCAGUGCGGCCUGAGCUGCCUGUCCUGUCCUCCUCUUCCUCUUCUCGAUUUUCCUCCUCACAGCUCCAGAGCCUGACCCUGCGUCCACCUCCGCCAGGAACCUUGACAAUCCCGCCAAAUCUCCCGCUGAAGGCCUCGGCCACAGUCCCGCCGUCAGCGGUGCCUCGCCUGAGGGCCCCCGUCGUCCCCCUGAGGCUCAGCCAGUCUCCCUCCUGUCAUGGCAGAGAGGCAUGUAAAGUUGGGGAUAGCAGCCCUACCUCUCCCCAAGCAGGUGCAAAGAGCCCACCUGUGCGCCACCUCACCGUGCCGCCUCCAUCCCUGUACAGCCCAAUCCAAUCCCACGCAUUGGCCAAGCACAAAGCCAGCACCCCCGGCAACCUUAAACGCUCUCACAGUCUGAUGAGUUCCCAGCAGCCAGCCAGUCUCCAGAACCACACCCCGCCCAGCAGUCCCCAGGGUCCCACGCCAAAGAAGCCCUUACCAGAGUUACUGCGCUGCCCCUCCGCCCAGAGCCUGCUGACUCAAGCAGCGUCCUCCUUCUCCGCCUCCAGCCCGUAUACCACCACAGAGAGGACCCAGACCACUAGCGCCACUCACGCCACUCACGCCACCUGCCUUAAUAUCAGCAUCAGUGAGCUGGCAGUCUACCAGGCGAAGCUCCCUGAUCAUGCAGCCGUAACGGAGCUGGCUGGUGAGGCUCCGCAGGCCGGCCCCCCCCACCCCUGCGUUCCAGGACAGGUCGACAAUCUCCAGCAGAGGGACAGAGUCCAGGCUUUCCCCUGUGACAUCAGCAGUAGCCCUUAUUAG